AUGGUAUCCAGAGCACCAAAUAAGACUACACUAGCUACUUUCAUCCUUUCCGUCUUCGAAUCUUACGCUCUGCCAAUGGGCAGAGGGCCUCCUAACGAACCCUCCUACAACGACUUCUGGCCCCUAAGCCAAAUGUUACAAUCGGAGCAUCCAUAUGGGAAACGGCGUGCGUUAACAGUUAUCUCACUGGAAACAAUCAUCGACCCUGUUAUUUGCUGCUCGGAAAUAAUGGCACCUACGUCCACGGUGGAGGCGAAGUGCUUCCAGCACCCUGAGUACGCAAGGCGACAGAACAGACUCGACGGGGCCACGACGCUUCGUAGCAUCCAGGAGAUUCACCGGAAAUCCGGAAACGUGGACAUCAGGAGCGUGCAAGUUUUUACAGGCAUCGUUACCAACGAAAUUGCCGAACUCUUUCGCAAUGGUGCGGAUGAGUCGAUCAGAGUCAACAAGGAAUCCAUCGAGUUGAGUCUUCAGGCCAGUUAUUGUUUUGCCAACAGCAGCUAUUCUAUAUUCAAGGUGAAGAGCAAUCUAGUAUCGACUACAAGGCCAUAG